GGUGACAGUUUAUUACUCAUCAAUACUUUGGCACACAUUUGUUUUUCUGUAUUUCUUUAUAUUACUGAAAGUAAAAUUUUAUUUUUGUCGAGCCAGACUUGUGUGUCCAAAUCAUGAUUUUCUUCUCAUUGUAGAUUUUGUAUAUGAACACAUUUUCACAUGCCAAACCUUACACACUGUAGACCCCAGUGGAUUUUAAAGCUUCAAGUUAAUUAGUUAGUUGGCUGAAAUGUUAGUGAAUCCAUAAAACUUUCAUUUGUUAUUGAUAAUUGUCUCGUAGCAUACCAGUGAGAUGUGCAUAAAUGCAAUGACCAACACUGUGAUCAUACAGUAGUGAGCAUGUUUUCAGUGUUUCCAAAAUAAGACGUAGAAUCUGAUUGGCCGGUCAAACAUAGUCCUCUCAGAGAAGGGGAGAGAACAUAAAGAGAUUCAACUCACUCAUCGCAGCAACUGUAGCGCGAUGGCACCUCCAAACUUUGCUUUGUGCUUCACGUGUCUGUUGGUGGUGAAUAUGGCUCACACAACAGCUUUAAAGCAGUCAUCAUUACAUUUUCUAUCAGCCAGUGUUGGGGAAAGCAUCACUUUGUCCUGCUCCUGUCCUGAUGAUGAAUCAGUGAUCUUUCACUGGUAUAAGCAAACUGCAGGACUGAACCCAAAGCUGGUGUCUUCAGUCUACAGUUAUAAUGCUGACAGCACUCUUCAUGAUGAAUUUAAGAAUCCACGUUUCUCAGUGGACACUGAAAAUCAUAAAUAUCGGCUGAAGAUUUCAGAUUUGCGUAUUUCAGACUCAGGUACUUACUACUGUAUAGGGAGCAAUCUAAAUGAACUUGAAUUUUGUGAGGGCAUAACCAUCACCGUAAAGGGAUCAGAACUGAAAAUCCCAGUCUUGGUCCAUCAGUCAGCACCGCAGACCAUCCAGCCAGGAGGCUCUGUGACUCUGAACUGUACAGUACACACUGGGACCUGUGAUGGAGAACACAGUGUUUACUGGUUCAAAAACUCUGGAGAAUCUCCUCCAGGACUCAUUUACACCCACGGAGGCAGGAAUGGUCAGUGUGAGAGGAAACCCAGCACACAAACACACUCCUGUGCUUACAAUUUGACAAUGGAGAGCCUGAAUGUUUCUCAUGCUGGGACCUACUACUGUGCUGUUGCCUCAUGUGGACACAUACUGUUUGGAAAUGGGACCAAGCUGGACUUUGAUUAUGAGGUUGACUUGGUGUAUUUCUGGAGAGCAGUUUCAGCAUGCACCACCAUCUUUGUUGCUUUACUGGCCUUCUUGCUGUGCAUGAUGAACAAGAGAAACAACUGCCAAUAUAAAGAAACUCAAGCAAGAUGUUCAGCUUCCUCCACAGCGAAUAAAGAGGAUUGCCAAAAUGCAGACAACCUCUAUUACGCUGCUCUAAGUACAAAUCUGCACAAGAGAUCAAGAGGACGGAGGGAUCAAACCUGGACUGAGUGUGUGUACUACAGUGCAAACCAUUAGAACGUGACUUAUUGUAUUUGUACUUCUGAGUAAGACAAGAUUUUUAUAGUAAUUAUGUAUACUGAUGGAUUUUAACCAAAUAAUGUAAGUGAUUUUCUGUGUGUAUGUCUUAUCAUUAACGAUCAUAUAAACAUAAUAAAACCUUGGAGCACUUUGAUUUCCAAUCACUAUGUGUGUGUGU